CCUUAAGAAAAAAAAAAAAAAAAAAAAAAAACGUAAAAUAAUGUGUUUUAAAUUUUCAAUCUGUUGAAUUUGUGCUUUAUUUAUCGUGAAAUUUUUGGCAACAUUAUUUAACUCGUCAGGAUUUAAACUAUAAACUAAGAAAAUUAGUAAGAGAAAAAUGACAAUUAACAAUCUUACUUUUCACAUUUCGCGCGUUUUAGCUCGGUUGUCGGGCAAACAAAAAUAUUGUUAAUUUUCUUUUUUUCGAUACUACUUUUACCGUCUACCUUAUGACUAUACAUUCGAAUUAUUGUGAAAGAUAAUAAAACGACAUUAACAAUCUACAAUGUUCUUCCACAUCUAAGUAUUGAUCUAUAAUCAGUAAAUGGCGUAAAAUAGGGAGUGUCGGAACAUGUCAUUUAAUUAAGCAACCACACCUUCAGCCUUCUGACACUGCCAUGAGAAUUUCUCCUUCAGUCAGAGGUUGUCUUGUUGAGAGUGAAUAUGCGUCGACACGUGCUCGACAAUCCACUCGACAAAAUAAUUAAUGUUUUUCAUGUAAUUAAAUAAAAAUUACAGAUUACGAAUUUCUAAGUCGUAUACUUUUCGAUACUGAUAUAUUAGAAGGAAUACUUAGAUCCGAACUUGGUCGAAAUUUCACUUGGAAUCUUCGAAACUCGGAUUUAAGCGCAAUGGAAGAGACAACGUUACCGAAUACUUUACCCUUCUCGGGCACCUCGUCCGUAUCUCCCUGUUCAUCCAACGAAAUUUCUACCAAGAUGGGGGACUGCGUCGAAAAUGGGGUGGAACAAUGGCUGGAGAACGACUUUUUAGGAUUUCGCGUCUGGCAGCUCGUCGGGAUUAUUCUCUCCAUUCUACUGAGCAUCAUCGUCGGAUUGUGCUGUUGCAUUCGUUUCCGCGUGCCCAGAACGAAGCAGGAGAUCGAGGCAGAUUACAUUCGCAAGAGAAUCACCAAGAAUUUCCGCAACGAGCUUUCAAAGAUCAGCAACACAGAAAUGGACGAGAUGGAUCUGCAAAAAGCUCUGGAAAGGAUCCGAAGUGAUUUCGAGGGUCACGAGUCUGUGAUAACAAAGGAGUGCGUGGAAAUGACGCAGCGAAAUACCCAUGGCUUUCGAUCCAGAUUCAACGCCGUAUUCGGUGGAGCCCGUGUGCGUUUCAAUCAACCCGAGCACACCAAAUUGAAUGCCACGAUGGCUUUUUAGUGAUAAAAAAAUAUUUCCUCUUCCUCCUAACAAGUAUAUUUCUACAAUUUGCUUGUGGUACUUACAAUUUUAGGGAUAUCGAGAGAAAAAGAAUAACAAAAAUAACAAAUAUAAAGCAAAUUAAUUUAUA